AUGAACAACCUUGCCGCGCUCCUGCGGCAGCAGGGGAAGCUGGCUGAGGCGGAGGAGCUGCAGCGCAAAGCCCUCGCGGGGCGAGAAACACAACUCGGUGCCCGCCAUCCCGCCACGCUUGGGUCGAUCAACAACCUUGCUUUGGUCCUGAAGCAGCAGGGAAAGCUUGAUGAGGCUGAAGGGCUGCACCGCCGAGCCUUGGAAGGCCGCGAGUCCCAACUGGGACCCCAACACCCGGAGACGCUCAACUCGGUUAACAACUUGGCCGUUCUCUUGGAGGAGCAGGGCAAGUUGGAGGAGGCGGAGGGCCUUUAUCGCAGGGCCCUGACGGGGCGAGAAGGUCAGCUGGGCCCCGUGCAUCCGGACACCCUCAGCUCCGUCUACAAUCUCGCAGAUCUUCUGGAGGUGACAGGCUCCCUCACAGAGGCCCAUCAGCUCUAUCUCCGCGAGUUGCGUGGCCUGGAGGAGCUGCAUGGUCCGGAGCACGCAGAGACCCGAGCGAGUCGCCGCAACCUGGAGCGAUUCCAACGACAGCACGGGCCAAUUGAUUAA